AUGGGUGUACGAGGAUUAACAACCUACUUACAAAGUGAUCCACGAAAUUUUAUUGAAUAUCAAUUACAUAAUACAACUGUGAUUAUUGAUGGAUUGAAUUUUUUAAAUUUUCUCUAUUUUGAUUCUGGAUUAUAUACACAAUUUAAUGGAGAAUAUUUAGCAUUCAGUGGAGUAAUUCAUCGUUUUAUCAAUACAUUAAAACGGUGUAAUAUAAACCCUAUUUUUGUUCUAGAUGGGUGUCAUGAUCAUUUCAAAUUGAAUACACAAAUGAAAAGAAAUUAUCAACGUAUGCAAACAUGUCGUCAAUUAUUAAAUUCUAUAAAACAUAAUCAAUUAUCAUCAACUCAUUCAUUAUAUAAUGUUCAAUUACUUCCACCAUUAACCAUUAUAACAUUUAUUCAAAUAUUAAAUCAAUUAAAUAUUCAUUAUAUUACAUGUGAUAGUGAAGCUGAUCAAAAUGUUAUGAAUUUAGGCAUAUAUUUGAAAUGUCCAAUUAUAAGUAAUGAUUCCGAUUUUUAUAUCACUAUCCCUAAUCAUAAUGAUGAUCCAAUGAAUAAUGAUGAUAAUGAUGAUAGUGUCUCAUUUCUACCAUUAUCAUUAAUAUCCUUUAAACCAAUAAUCAAUAUAAUCCGAUGUUAUUCUUGUCAAAAAUAUAAUCAAUUAUGUAUGUAUAUAAAAUGUCAAAAAUUUUUAAUUAAUGGACCAGGUUUAAAAAAUUUAUCGAUUUAUCAACGUUCAUUAUUAGCUAGUUUAUUAGGGAAUGAUUAUAUUUCAUCCAAUCAAUUUAUUCAUAAAUUACCUAUAUCAUUUAAUAGCAAAACAAUCUUAUUUCAUUAUCAUACUAUGACGAAACAAAUGAAAUUAAAACGUCGUAAAUUAAUUAUAUUACAAUUAAUUAAUUGGUUAUUACAAUUUAAUAAUAAUAAUCUUGAUAAACCAAUUCAAUGUUUAUUAAAUAAAUAUCCUAAAUUAGAACGGAAUCAAUUAUAUCAUCAAUUAAUGUAUAGUAUUCAUACUUAUCAUAUUCAUUCAAAUUUAUUCUAUUUACAUUUUAAUAAGGAUUUGAAAUUAUUUAAAAAGAUUUCUACAUUUAUGAAUAAAAAGAAUAUAAAAUCUGAUAUUGAUUGUAGUAUUGGCAACAGUAGUAGUAAUAGUAGUAGUAGUCGUUGUAGUAACACAAUGAUGAAAUCUGUUACAAUGCAACAACAAUUAUCACCAUUGAAUUCAUCAUGUUCUUUUGAAUAUGAUAAAGAAAUUGAUGAAAAUCAAAUAUUAACUAUUAAAGAAAAAGAAGAAGACGAUGAUGAUGAUGCUGCUGAAGAUGAUAGUCGUAAUACAAUCAUGAAAUCUGUCACAGUUCAACAACAAUCAUCACUAUCGAAUUCAUCAUGUCCUUCUGAAUAUGAUAGUGAAAUUGAUGAAAAUGAAAUAUUAACUGUUGAAGAAGAACAAGAAGAUGAUGAUGAUGAUGAUGAUGCUGAAGAUGAUAGUCGUAAUACAAUGAUGAAAUCUGUCACAAAUCGACAACAAUUAUCACCAUUGAAUUCAUCAUAUUCUUCUGAAUAUGAUAGUGAAAUUGAUGAAAAUCAAAUAUUAACUAUUAAAGAAGAACAAGAUGAUGAUCAUCCUAAUGACCAUAGUAACAAUAAUGAUGAUGAUGCUGUGGAAGAAGAUGGUGAUGAUGAUGAUGAUGGUGGUGGUGGUGGUGGUGGUAAUGAACUGAAUGAUUAUAAUACUAAUCAAUCUAUUAAUAAUAAUAAUAAUAAUAAUCAUAAUAAUUCAUAUAAAAUAACAACAUAUUGGCCUGCUGAAUUAUUAAAUUCAUUUAGAAAAUAUCUAAUUUUACCAAUAUUUUUAGAUAGUAUCUUAUCCUAUGGUACAAUAUGUCUAUGUUGUAUUGAAUCAUUAUAUCAUUAUUCAUCCAUUUAUUCUAAUACAAUAUAUCUUCGUACAUUAAUUUAUAAUUUAUUAUUAGGCAUUGAAUCCAAUUAUACAUUACGUUAUCCAAAUCAAUUAAUUGGUUUAAAUCAAUUAAAUAAUAAUAAUAAUAAUAAUAAUAAUAAUAAUAAUAAUAAUAAUAAUCCUUUGUAUUAUAUUAUAGAAUAUGAUCGUAAAAAUGCAUUUCAUAUCAAAAAACGUAAAAUAUUCGUUGAACCAAUACACUUAUUAUCAUUAUGUAAUAGCCCUACUCCUCCUACUCCUACUCCUACUCCUGCUCCUCCUACUGCUCCUCCUACUACUCCUAGUAAUAAUAAUGAUAAUAAUAAUGAACUAAAUAUAAAAAGAGAUCCGCGUUUAAUAUUUCUUCAACAAUAUUUAAAUCUGGAUUAUCAUUUUAUGAAAUUACAUAAUGAUUGGUUAAUAUCUAUUGUAUUAAUUAAUGUAUUGAAUUAUAAAAGUCAAUCUAUACCACUUUAUACUACUACUAAUACUACUAAUACUAAUACUACUACUAAUACUACUAGUAAUAUUGAUGAUAUCACUCAAUGUCCUAUCUCAUUGACAUUUGGUGCUCUAUGUAUAUGUACAUAUUUAUUAACCAUUCACUCUAAUCAUCAUUUAUCAUCCUAUAAAUUAUUAAAUAAACAUUAUUAUAAAUGUGCAAAUUAUUUUCUAAAACAUAUAAAAUCUUUGAUAAAUAAUAAAAAAAUUAUUAAUAAAAAACAAUUAAAUAAAUUACAUAUUCAUUAUGUACAUAGAUAUGGUCAAUUACAAAUGAUUUAUAUAACAUUAUAUACAUUAAUUCAUUUAUUAGAUACCAUAGUAACAAUUAAUCAAAAAAAUCAAUUAAAAACUUGUUUAAAUUUUUUAUCGAUUUAUUUUAUGUUUCCAAGUGGUUAUCUUUUUCAUAAUAUAUGUCAUUGUAUUAGUUUCAUUCCAUCCAAUAAUGAACGUUAUCAUUAUGUACGUAAUGUAAUUAUCAAAGAAUUAUUAAAUUAUAAUCAUCAUACUAAUCAAUAUUUAAAUGAUGCAUUUAAUUUAUUUGAUCAAUAUUUACACAUGUCUAAUAGUAAUCUAUUCAAAAAUGUAUUGAAUAAAUCAUUAACAAAAUUCAAUUUUAUAAAUCAUUCAAAAUCAUUACAAGCUGAUAAUGUAAUCAAACAAGAUUUAUUGCCCAUAGCAACAACAUCACUACCACCACCACCACCAACAACAACAACGACAACAAAUAAACCAAUUCAAAUGAAAAUGAAAAAAAUAAAGAGAAAAUGUAAACCAUCAAAAAAUAAUAAUAAUAAGCAAUGUAAACAAUUAUCCUAUGCUGAAAUAGAAGAGAAAGUUAGAAAAUUAAUGUUAGAAAAUGGUUUAUUAGAUUAAAGAUAAAAAGUAAGAAGAGAUUUUUAUCAUCUGUGUAUUGUAAAUAGUAUUUUUUUUUACAAAAAAAUAAAAAAAUACAUGGUAUUUAUUAAAGAAUUCUUUCAGUGUACUGUUCUAUAUUAAUGAAGUCGAUAUUAGAUGUUUGUUUAGUUUAAGAUAAUGAAUGAUACAGACAAGGACUUACUUUACUUAUUUACUUAGGCCUCUUACUCCGAAUAGUGCUCCCAAAUGCCCUGGUACGGCCGAGAGUAGGGAGAGUCCUCUCUCCCUCUCGAAAUGCUCUC